AUGCCAAGUGGAAUUGAAGUUAAAACAUUUCUUGACAGUCUGGAUAAAGAUCGAAAGAAUUCUGUCUCCGCCGAGGAUUUGUUGCGAGUUCUCCAACCACUUGUGGAGGGUGUAACUCUCAAAGAUACAAGGAAAUUCAUUAAAUCCAUCACCGGUGAUCCUGAUUUGCAUUUGACUGAAAAAGAUUUGCAUUAUUUUCUCGAAGAAAUGGGAUUUUAA